AAACUAAGACGGAUUAUAUAGGCGGUAAUCAUUAUAAUGUUCCGGCUCGGUAUCUUCCGCCAAGUUCCGCAUGAAGUCCAUAAAAAGACAUUCAUCCGGGCUGGGAAAAGUUUCACAGCUGGUCGGCUGCACACGCGAUCUCCACUUAUUCCAAGGCAACGUGUCUUGCCAAAUUAUUUGGAAACUACAUGAAGUAUGAUUCGGAUGUUUGGAUGAAAAAGUAUAUUUCCUGUUCAGGUUGAUGUCAUGUAAUUAAGGACAAAAAAUGUUAAACAACGAAAGGGAUCUAGUGACUAGACUAUUAAAGCAAAAUAUUGUUACUCUGUGUAAAGAGACCGUUUCAUACGACACACAACUAGAAAUAGACGGCAUUAUUUGUAUCUCAACAGGCAAUGAAUCCCAGCAAAUAGUAGUCAAGGUACAUAACUUCUUCCAAAAACUUGGCAAUAAAUCACCAGCUCCACGAAAACAUACCGAGCAAUCACAACAAUCACCGAAUGAUCAUGUUUGGAAGACAAACACCGAAGCAAAGAGGUAUCCAAUAGGUCAAUUCAAUGUUCAAAAAGAUCAAAAUGAUUUUUGGCAAAAGCAGCUUCAAAAGUACAAAAAUGAUACAAAACUACAAAAUGAAACGAGUGGUGGGAUUGCAAACAAUAAUAACGAUGUCACUACUAAUGGAUAUGACCUUGACCAGAACCACUUGGAAAAUAACAGUCAAACCGUCUCGCCACAAAUUCCGAAGACAAUAACUAGUCUGGAACAGGACGAAACAAGUUUUCAAGAAGAAAACGACAAAGGUGUUUUACAUGAAUCCUCAAGUGGAAGCGAUACAAUGGAUUAUGAAGAUGCUGCAAUGAAUGAUGAUGUCGUAAAUGGAGUAAACGAUAAUCUCAGUAAUCCCCACAUAAUAUCGUUUCACGAGAAUGGAGACGUGAUUUCGGAAAUGCCAGGACAAAGUCCGGUUAAGAUGUCACCCACUGACGUACAAUCUAGCUUAAUCGACAUGAAAACACCAAGAAAACAUUCAUCGCGCGACGAAAACUCGAUGAUUGAAUGUAAAUUGGGUAAAAACUGUAAUACUGACGAAGAUUUGUCAAAGGUGCCGAUACGACAAGUCCGAGACAUACAGUGCAAACGCUGCGGUACUAUACUGUCAGACGGACAAGCGUUUGAGCAGCAUAACACGGAUGUUCAUAGCGUGUAUACCUGUAGGGUUUGUUUUAAUACUUUCACCUGUAGAAAUAAUAUGAAGCGUCACAUGCGGCUUCAUACUGGAUUUCGACCAUAUACUUGCAAGCUAUGCUCUGAAAGUUUCACGCGUAAAGACGAUAUAAAACGCCAUCUUAUACGCCAUAGCUUUGAUAAACCGUUCCGCUGUAAUGUCUGUAGAAAGGGAUAUAUGGAUCGCAAAACCGUGAAGAAUCAUAUACGAAAAGAACACCACUCUAAAAUAAUUCACAUUUGUCAGACAUGCGGGGAAGCAUUUGAUAACUCAGUCAAAUUUCAAGAUCACAAAAAGAAUCACCCAGAACUUAAAAUGUUUCAGUGUUCAUUAUGCAAAUUUACCGGGUCAAACUUAUUGACUUAUAACAAACAUCAGUUAAUACACGAGAUAAAGAAGGAGUAUUGCUGUGAACCAUGUGACCUUAUAUUUGGAGAUCCUUUCCGAUACACAACACAUUUAAGAAAACACCGGUCUGAUCCCAACUUUAUCAGCUAUCGAUGUUGUUUUUGCAAUUUAAAGCUUUCAAGUUAUGAUCUUUUUAUGCGACACGAACAUAGUCAUGACCAGUCAAAGCAGUUCACAUGCUUUGUUUGCAUGAAACAGUUUCAAAACGAUGCAUCACUGAAGGAACACAAACGAAGCCAUCCUACAUACAAUUGUGGAAAUGAUACAUCUCCACCAAACUUGCUACCGAGUGUUAUUGCGUCCCGUUUGAUGGUUCAACAACCUAUUUUCCCAUCUUUUAUGAGUUCAUUUUCACAAGGUAUAUUACCCGAAGCACCUGAUCACCCUAUAGACGCAACAGUAGCUACAACAACACUGGAACUGGCCAAAACCGAACUUCAAAAGAAGGAAAUAAAAAAUGACAUUGAAUCAAUUGAUGAGUCUUUCCAACCCACACAGGGAACUGAGCAAAACGACUAUUGGUGUGCAGAAUGCCAACAUGGAUUUGGAACCGAAGAACACUUGACGGAGCAUAUAGCUCUUGCUCAUGAAGGAAGUUCUUUGGAUAACGCUGCUGAACAUGCUGAAGAAUGGAAUAAAACAGACGAAAAUUUUACUGAUUCGUCCAAAACUAUCAAGCAGAGCGAAUUUGAUAAAAUACCGAAAUCUGAGUUGUUCGAAAUGUCUGAUAACGAUGAAUCGUGCGACGAAUUAGAUAAUAUGGAAAUACACGAGAACGCAUCUGGUUCACCGAGCGGAAUUAGAUAUACUCCAGUCCCAAUAUUCAGUAACUCAAAACUUAACAAAAGAUCAAAAGCACGACAAGAAUCGAAAUCCGAAGGUGGCAGUAAUAUUCAACCCGAGUCAAUUGACUUUAAAGAUGAAAGGUCUAGCGACAGUUCUGGUGUCCCAUUACUCGAAACAGGAGAAUACUCAUUAAGUCCAAAAACGGACGAAUACUAUGAAAGCAUUAAAGGGGACAAGAACUUUCACGCACAAAAUCAUUUUACCUGCAGUAUUUGCUUCCUGAGUUUUUCUGACUUUGAGCCAUAUGAUCUCCACAGCAGUAUGGUACAUCGCAAGUAUAUAUGUCAUUUUUGUGGGAAAGAUUUUACGUCGCGUCCAAAUCGCGAUCGUCACGUAAGAUACCAUACAGGAGAAAAGCCGUUCAAGUGUGACGUCUGUCAUCAGAGUUUUGUUCGAGGAGACGAUUUACGCUACCAUAGAACAUCAAAGCACCCAGACGUGAAGCCAUAUACAUGUACUAUUUGUGGUUUGUCCUUUCCUUGGGCGAAAGAUUUAGAGAGACAUACAAAAACCCAUGGUAUAAGUUGAUGUGCUAAAUCAUCAAAAUAUUUAGAUUUUUUAAUGAUAGUUUUAGUGGGCAUUGAGUGAACCUUGUUCUAUAUACAUUAAAACACAUUUAUUAUAGUAUGCAUGAUCAGAAAUAAUCGUCGGAAUGCCAAUAAUAUUGGCAUAUUAUGCCCCAUAUGUUUAAAUUUUAGUUUUGCUAAAUCAAAAUGUAAUUCGUAAACAUGAUAAGAUAUACCAUGAAUGUAUUCAUAAAGGCAUCGUCAGUAUUAUUCCCACAAUUUCUCUUUUUUGUCCGAUGGGGAAAAACAUUUGUGUCAACUGUGAAGUGUACAAAGAUGCUUUAGCUAAAAAAAAAAGAAAUCUCAAAGAAAAAGUCAGUUUUUGUUGCAUAAUAACGCGUAGAAAAACCUUUAACUGUCAGUUUUUUUUCUGUUGUACUAUUUUGCUAGUUGAAUUAAUGUUUUUGUUUUUAUCACUACACAUGUUUGUAAGCAGUAUUCCCAAACUAAGUUUUAAUUUGAUGCUAGUCCAUGAACAGUUCACACAUUUACACAUGUCUUGAACUUUGUGCUUAAAUAUUGCUUUCAUUGUUAUAUUGUUAUGUAUAAUGCUUGUAAUAAAUGUACAGGUUAGA